GGUUCACGGGCUCAGCGACGUCAGACGCAAAACGCCGGGCCUGCCGCGGGAGCGUGAGGGAGGCCGCGAAUUGCGUUUGGAGGCAUCUUUGAGCUCGGUGAGAAGACAUCAUGAGCAAAGCUCACCCUCCUGAGUUGAAAAAAUUUAUGGACAAGAAGUUAUCAUUGAAAUUAAAUGGUGGCAGACAUGUCCAAGGAAUAUUGCGGGGAUUUGAUCCCUUUAUGAAUCUUGUGAUAGACGAAUGUGUGGAGAUGGCAACUAGUGGGCAACAGAACAAUAUUGGAAUGGUGGUAAUACGAGGAAAUAGUAUCAUCAUGUUAGAAGCCUUGGAACGAGUAUAAACGAAGGCUGUGUUCCCCAGAGAAAUCAGCUCCUUCCACAUGUCCCUGCUCCACAGCACCUGUUUUACUCCAACAUAAAAAUUGGGUCAUGUACAUUUUCGUAUUGAACUUUUUUGUUAAAUAAACUUUUGUAAUAGGCAAAAA